UUACAUCGGCUCGGGGAUAAACUGACAUUGCAAUUGGCAACGAGUGGUGCUCCGUCGUCCUCUACGGCAUCAAAAGAAUCUUUCCGGUAACGCCAAAUCAUACACACACAUGUUUACAUAGGUCACCGGUGAUGAUCUGGAACUUUUCUCUCUGCUCAAUCUCGAGAUACUGUUAGUCCUGCUUUGUGUUUUUCAUUUUCGUUAUUUUGAUUGAAUCCGGAAGAUAAUAACCGUGAUGAGAGCUCUACCGGCAACGACGUCGUACGCCGUCGGCUUCGGUGUUUCCUCUUUCAGAACACCUCCUACGCACCUCCGCCUCCGUGGAGCCGUCAUUGCCAAAGCUGAACCAUCAGACAAGUCUGUUGAAAUUAUGAGGAAGUUUUCAGAGCAAUAUGCUCGUAAAUCUGGCACAUAUUUUUGCAUAGACAAAAGUGUUACUUCUGUAGUUAUCAAGGGAUUAGCAGAUCACAAAGAUUCAUUGGGUGCACCACUUUGCCCUUGCAGGCACUAUGAUGACAAAGCAGCAGAGGCAACACAAGGCUUUUGGAAUUGCCCUUGUGUUCCCAUGAGAGAAAGAAAGGAAUGCCACUGCAUGCUUUUCCUCACUCCUGAAAAUGAUUUUGCUGGCAAUGAGCAGGCGAUUUCUAUGGAAGAAAUUAAAGAAUCAACUGCCAAUAUGUAGUGUAGGUACCGUUUUUUUGGUACAAAAACUAUCGAAUUACAUGUAUAAUUUUGCAUGUUCAUAUUCAUAUUAUAAACGGCAUCAUUACUA